AUUACACACAGUAACAUUCGGGGAGUAAAACUGGAAGCAAUACAGACAGCAAAACACAAGAAAGACGCCAUAAAGCUGGAUAAAUGUUUAGGAGGGGAGGGGAGAUGCAGUAAUGGUAGUGAGCACUGAGCAACUGCUGAGAUCAGAUUGUGAGCAGUGCUGGCACUCGUCCUCAUGUGUUUCCCUGGAAGUAUUUCAGCGUUAUUUUGAUUUGUUUGGGUGAGUUCCAAUCACACAGUGCCUCCCCCCACCCCCAGCCCCCAGAGAGCCUGCCCCAGUGAGACAGGGCGAGGCUGGGAAGCCCCUGUGCUCCCUGAGCCUGGUGUAUAGUUUGCAGACUGCCCACCCCUCUCCCUGGCCGGAGCCUGCCGUGUCGCCAUGCUGCUGAGGUUUGGUCUGGUGGUGAGCCUGGAAGAGCACGGCGUGCAGCCCUUUGUGUGCGGAUCCAGGCCGGAGCUGGGCCACUGGGACCCAGAGCGGGCGCUGCCCAUGGUCGCGGAGAGCAGUGCGGUCAAUGAACCGUCCUUCUGGACCGCCGAGGUCCUGCUGCAGGAACCCAGCAGGGAGACCUUCUGGUUCAAGUUCGCCAAAAAGAUCCGCGGAAAUUUCAUCUGGGAAGGAAAUGGACCACUACACGAUCGCUGUUGUGAAUACGAUGACAGCAAUUUGGUGGAUGGUGUUUACUGUUACCCUGUUGGGCAUUUCAUUGAGAAGAGUGGGUAUUCAAACGAAAUGAAACACACCACCGAUUUCUAUUUUCAAAUUGCUGAUCACCAGGCUAUGCAUUACUCCAGGAUUCUGCCCAAGAUUUGGCUUGGCAGCUGUCCACGACAGGUGGAACAUGUGACCAUCAAACUCAAGCAUGAGCUGGGAGUGACUGCGGUGAUGAACUUCCAGACAGAAUGGGAUGUGGACCACAAUUCAUGGGGAUGUAACCGCAAAGCGGAACCAAUGAAACCUGAAUUUAUGAUGGAACUGUACAAAGAUGCAGGCUUAGCCUACGUAUGGAUGCCAACUCCUGACAUGAGUACAGAAGGUCGGGUGAAGAUGCUGCCUCAAGCUGUGUACUUGCUUCAUGGAUUGCUGGAAAAUGGCCAUACUGUCUAUGUCCAUUGUAAUGCAGGUGUGGGUAGAUCGACUGCUGCAGUAUGUGGGUACCUAAUGUACAUAAUUGGUUGGAAUCUUAGAAAAGUUCAGUACUUUGUAAGCGGCAAACGACCUGCAGUGUACAUAGAUGAAGAGGCUUUGAUUCGUGCCCAGAAUGAAUUUUAUCAAAAAUUUGGACAUGUUCACUCUUCUGUGUGUCACAACUGUUAGAUAGAAAUUACUCUUUGAAAACAUUAUAUUUAAAAAUAGGUGUUGAGUUUUCUUUUUAAAAUGAGUGCACAUUUUGACAUUAAUGCUAUGAUAGCUCAAUGCUUUGAACGUACUUGCAACUAACAAGAAUUAUAACUCCAUUUUUCAUUUUCCAAGCAAAGCUAUUGAGUUCAUACUUUUACUUCACCUGCUGGUGAAAAAAUACAAGUGUGCAGUUCUGAAAACAGCAGCUAUGUUUAUUCACCAAGGUCACUGGAUGGAAACUGAUUGUUUGUUCCUUUCAUUUCCCCUAAGGGUUUAUUUAAUUAUUUGGAGUACUGCUUUCCAAUGACCUUAAUAGAGCAUAUUGUAUUUCUGAAGUUCAAUCUUGUUUGGUAACUAGCCACUGGGAAGUAUGUGAAAUGUUGGAUAGGAGAUUUGCCAAAUGAUUUUCUCCCCUUCCCAUGGAGAGCAUCCAGGUUCCAGACAGCAUGCCCAAACAUGGAGUGACAAAUGUUAAGACAUCAAGUAGUUACUUACUUUCAGAAAAUAAUAAACAAACAUCACAGAAAGAAUCAUACUGUGUUGCACAGAGAAUUUAAAUGGAUUCAUACUCAUAAUCUCCAACAUCAAAUAUAGAGUUUAUAGUGCAUACAGGGUAUUCAGCUUGAUAUUUAUCUUCCACAUGAACCUACUCCUAUUCUUCUUCUCACAUUUUAUUAAUGUACCCUUCUAAUCUGUUCUCCAUGUUUUGUUCAACUUUCCAAGGCAUCUGUAUUGUUCACAUCAAGUACUUGAUUUGACAGUAAGUUGCUCAUCACUCUUUGAGCAAAGGCGUUCUAUUGAAUUCCCACCAGAUUUAUUCAUCAUUAUCUUACAUUUAUCACUUUAUACUCAUUUUCAAUUCCCUCCCAUGGCUUCAACCGCUUCACCUUUGUAACUUCCUCCUGAUCUUUGAAUUUCUUGAAGAAAAAAUAAAAGUACAUUGCUCGUUUUUUUUUCUGUUCUGCAUUCUAGUUGCUGGUUAUAGAACAAUAUUACCAAAGGGCUGGUUGACAAUCUCUGUUCAUCCUGUUAGCCAAGGAAUGAUAGAUGUAAUUAAGCUUAAAGGAAUGACAAAUCAGGUCUUUGAUAACAUACAACAAUGCAACAAUGCUAAGCUACAGUGAUGCUAAUUUUAAUGAUCAUUGUCACACAUUUGUAAAUACUGGCAAUUUAGAAAAAUAUCAAAUAUGAAUGUUUGACUCUACUGUUUGAAAGAAAA